GAACAACUGAUUGCGAAAAGAUGCCUGCGUUUUGCCCUCGCUGUGGUGAUUUACUCAAAGGCGUGCCUGUCUGUGCAAAGUGCCAACUCGACGCCGUGACCACUCCAUCGGCAUCUUUUCACGCAGAGUCUAGUCCUGCCGUCGAACUGUCGCCAAUCCUCCCGCCGGUCGUCCAAGCAACACUUAACAGCCCUCUUUGCAUCCGAAAGCUCAAGAAAUGCGGAGUGUGCUCCAACCCCAUCGUGGGCGCUUCCCACUCGACGCGGAAGCUCGGGGGCGACCAAGUUACUUGUCACGAUAUUUGCCUCACGUGUAAGCACUGCCGAAAAUCUAUUAACGACGCCGAUCCUUUGGCUGUGCUGUACCAUUCGGCUUACCACGAGACUUGUGCGGUGGGCUUGCGAGUGUGCCACGGUUGCCAUGAGCCUAUCGUGGGGAAAGCCAUCGACGACGACUCGCGCUGGUUCCACAGAGUUUGCCACGACACACAUGUAAAGGUGAUGGCAUCCGGGCCACCGUCUACAGUGGCAAGUUGCGGGGAACGAGUUCUUGCUUUAUCGUCUGUGCAAGCCCCAAAAGCCCACUCAGACACAAGUGCUUUGAGCAUCACCUACGCCGCGAAUACCGAAUCCUCCACUCAAAUCACAAACCACGACGCGCUCGCCUUGGAGGGUAAUGGCAAGGUCGAAUGCUCCGACCAAGGAAUCGAGGUCACUGGAACGCUAGACACCACCACCGAUGUAGCCGAGCCUAUUCGCCCUCAUGAGGAGGAUUCUACGAGUGACUUCGCGAUAGAUUUCACUACUGAGUCUGAACUACCCGUGAACGACACGUCUGUGAAAGUGUGGCCCCUUCAGAUCAAACCGAACGUCGAGCCCCCGCCAGUCGUCAAACUCGACGAGCCACGUCAAACCUGUUCCGAUAGUAUCCAGUCGGUCCAGUGCCAUUCCUGCGGACUUGACGUCCUGGACGACAGCGCCAUGCAAGUCCCAUCGGGGGACUUAUACCAUGAACAGUGCUUUGUGUGCAGCGCGUGCGCGUUGCCCAUUUCCGACGAACUCAAGGGGUUUACUCAAGUUGACCUCAAGAUGUACCACCCGCCCUGUUAUUACGCGCAAGCAGGGCGCGUUUGCCAUGGAUGCCACGACGUAUGGUCCUUGGGAUGUUAUUGAUUUCACAUUACCUAUAAACAAUUAUAUUAGAAAUAUAUACAUGUAUAUUAUAUAUAAAUAUGUAGGCGUUGGUGGAUGGGACUGCCAUCAUGCAUGCCAUAUCGAAGCGCUAUCACCCGCGCUGCUUUCGCUGCACCGAUUGUUCCACGGUCUUGACAAACGAAUAUUUGGUCGUGAACGACGACGUUGUGUGUCGCGAGUGCUAUUUCCACCUGAUCUUGUCCCAGUCGACACGAGAGGAAGCGGCGACGGCUGUGCACUCAGUCGUGGCCAGCGUAAGCCUCAUCUCUCCCCGUCUUUCCAUAUCGAAUGUAUGACGAUAGGACAUUUGCCAACUGGACGUGGCCGCCGGGGAAAAGCUGACGAUUGUAUCGGACGAUCAAGGCGGGUGGUCCAUUGCGAAGAGUGGCGACCACCGCGUAGGGUACCUCCCCAGCACCGCCUUUGAGAUGACUCGUGUGGGCUAAGAUAAGGCAAUAUCAGGACCGUAGCUCGACUAGAAAAAUACGAGAAUAACAUGAUCAUUUUCAUCUAGGCCC